AUGGCCGACAAGCGGCGGUCCUCGCCAGGCACCACCAUGAGCCUCAAGGCUCACGCCUUCUCCGUGGAGGCUCUCAUCGGGGCCGAGAAGCAGCAGCAGCCGCAGCCGCGGCAGCCCAAGCGGCGGAAGCUGGGCGGCGAAGACGAGGCGGCGGAGGACGAAGGGGGCAGCGGCUGCUGCGCCAAGAGCUCCCCCGCCGCUGCCGCUGGCAGGACCUGCGGCGACAUGGACCUGGGCUGCGGUGCCCGCGCCCCCGCCGACGGCUGCGAGGAGGGUUUCCUGGCGGCCUCCCCGCCCGCCUCCCCCGGCGGCUCCCCCAAAGGCUCGAGGCCCGGGUCGCCGCUGCCCACGCCGCAGGCGCCGCGGGUGGACCUGCAGGGCGCCGAGCUCUGGAAGCGCUUCCACGAGAUCGGCACCGAGAUGAUCAUCACCAAGGCGGGAAGGCGGAUGUUUCCCGCAAUGAGAGUGAAGAUCUCAGGUUUAGACCCACAUCAGCAGUAUUAUAUUGCUAUGGAUAUUGUGCCGGUGGAUAACAAAAGAUACAGGUAUGUUUAUCAUAGCUCCAAGUGGAUGGUCGCUGGUAAUGCUGACUCCCCAGUACCGCCUCGCGUUUAUAUUCAUCCUGAUUCACCCGCUUCUGGGGAGACAUGGAUGAGACAAGUGAUCAGCUUUGACAAACUGAAGCUUACCAAUAACGAGCUGGAUGAUCAAGGGCAUAUUAUCCUUCACUCUAUGCAUAAAUAUCAGCCUCGUGUCCACGUCAUCCGAAAAGACUGUGGUGAUGAUCUGUCCCCUGUCAAGCCUAUCCCUUCAGGAGAAGGGGUGAAAGCCUUCUCCUUUCCAGAGACAGUUUUCACUACUGUCACAGCAUACCAAAAUCAACAGAUAACUCGUCUGAAGAUUGAUAGGAAUCCAUUCGCCAAAGGGUUUAGAGAUUCGGGUCGUAACAGAAUGGGACUGGAAGCUCUGGUAGAGUCCUAUGCCUUCUGGAGACCUUCACUGAGGACGCUUACAUUUGAAGAUAUACCUGGGAUACCCAAACAAGGAAAUGCAGGUUCCUCUACUUUACUCCAGGGAUCUGGCAGUGGAGUGCCAUCUACCCACCCUCACCUUUUACCGGGUUCCCCUUGCUCAUCUCCAGCCUUCCACCUCAAUCCCAACACUAGCCAGCUGUGUACCCUUGCUCCAGCUGACUACUCAGCUUGUACCCGCUCAGGCUUGACCCUGAACAGAUACAGCACUUCCUUGGCUGAAACCUACAACAGGCUCACAAACCAAACCAGUGAGACGUUUGCACCCCCGAGGACUCCCUCCUAUGUCGGUGUGUCAAGUAGCACAACUGUGAAUAUGUCUAUGAGUGGCAAUGAUGGGGAUGCAUUCAGCUGCCCACAGACUGGCUUAUCUAUGCAGAUUUCAGGGAUGUCUCCACAACUCCAGUACAUCAUGCCAUCCCCAUCCAGCAAUGCCUUUACCACUAAUCAAACCCACCAAGGCUCCUACAACACAUUUAGACUGCACAGUCCCUGUGCACUCUAUGGAUAUAACUUUUCCACAUCUCCUAAACUGGCUGCCAGUCCUGAGAAAAUCGUUUCUUCCCAAGGAAGUUUCUUGGGGUCCUCGCCAAGUGGAACCAUGACGGAUCGGCAGAUGUUGCCCCCCGUGGAAGGAGUGCACUUACUUAGCAGUGGGGGGCAGCAAAAUUUCUUUGACUCUAGGACCCUAGGAAGCUUGACACUCUCCUCUUCUCAAGUGUCUGCACAUAUGGUUUGAUGAAGCCUUUAAGUAAAAGUACAGUAUGUUUGGUGUCUACAAUGUAUUUCUUUUGUAAUAUGAAGGGACACUCGAUGUAGCUUGUAAAGUGUGUGUAUAUAUAUAUAAUAUGAGAGGAAGUUUUACUGAAAUUUUGACUUGCUUGUGGCCAGAUUAUUUUCCUAUUUUGAGUUACACAGAAUUUGCUGUGUUGCAGACUGCUUUAGUUUUCUGGUAUAAUACACUUAGUUGUAUAACACAUUGGGACAUAUGCAACAAAUUAAGCAAGACUUCCUCCCCUUUUCCCCUCCUCUGUUCCAGCGCCUUUAAAGAACCAAAUGACACUUGGAGUAUUAAACAACACAAACAAGCCCACUUGCCCAUUUCCUAUAGCACUAGUGAGUUUCUUUAAAACAUUCAUACAAUGAUAAGCUGAUGCACCAAAGGCAUUUUACAAGUUUCUUCUCUGUUAUAAGGGAUACAAAGGAUAUUUGGACUUGUAAGUGUUAAGCAUGAAGCAUCUAGCCUAAAAUAGAAGUUUAGCUAAUGAAUUAUUUACAAAGUAAAUUGAAAGAUUAGUUUGCCUUCUCAUGAUACAUUGUUUUUAGCUUAUCAACAGCACAGCAUUCUCACUAGGAUUUUUUUUUCAGCAUUAGUCUAGAUUUGUGGUUAGAUGUUUGAAGACUAAUAAUGCGUAUUCAAAUUGUGGUGAUAGAAAUAAUUUAAACCAACAGCACUAGAAGCAGCAUUCCUUAGUACGGAAUGAAGUUCAGGGUGCUUAGUUUUUGUCAAAGGAAGGGCUUGAUGCAUUUUUUCCUCCAUAAAUAUUGCCUAUUUACUGGACAGUAGGAUAUUCUAAAGUAUCUUUGUUUCUGUAUUUUUACUUUUUUUAAGGGAAAAUGCAGGUUUGAUUUAGAAAAAAAAAGUGAGCA